AGCCUGGAGGGAAGCAGCGUGCCACGUUGUCCUGCCUACCCAGACAGAGCUUGUGUACCUUGUGUCUGCACGGGAAUACCACAGAAAGGACCACCCACCAUGUCGGCAGUUACGGAGGUUCAGAACAACACAACCGAGGCCCUGGCCGCCCUGGUAGACGGGGGUGAAGACGCCCUUGUGACGUUGGUGGCGGGCGAGACGAGGGUGGCGGCUCACAGGGCCGUGUUGGCAGCCGCGAGCCCCGUGUUCGCAGCGAUGUUCGCGCACGACAUGCUGGAGGCCAGCUGCGGCCAGGUGAGCAUCGACGACGUGGAGGGCCCGGUGCUGAGGCUCCUGGUGGCCUACACGUAUACCCUGCAGGCCCCCCACCUGCCCGACACGGCCCCCCAGCUGCUGGCGGCGGCCGACAAGUACGGCUUGUCGGCCCUGAAGGCUGCCUGCGAGCGGCAGCUGAUCUCGCAGUUGGCCGUCGAGACCGCAGCGGCGACGGCCGUCACGGCAGUGAGGCACUCGUGCCCGGACGCCACGAGGGCUGCUGUUGCCUUCAUAAAGGACCACCUGCAGGUGAUGGCCACGCGGGGCUGGGCGGACGCUGUGCUCGAGUGUCCACAAGAAGUCAACGAAGUCAUCCGUCAACUCCGUGAGCCACCAGCAGAAGCCAGCUCGCCGACCGCCACAGGGGGCGGGUCCACCCCCACCUCUGACCGUCAACCCCACAGCGUCCACAGCCGGACUCCUGCUGCAGCUGCGCCUCCCACGUCUGCCCGAUACACCCCUCCACCUGAUGACGCAGCCGUCUCUCGCUUCCGGAGCCUCUCUGCAGAGGAGAGGGCCAGGAGGCUGAUCCAGGCGGCUGAGCAGGGGGCAGUGGGGGAGCUGAGUGCGCUGAUCACCGCAGGGGCCGACGUGGGGGCGAGGGGCGAGGGUGGGUGGACCGCCCUGCACUGGGCAGCGUACAGGGGAGACGUCGAGGCGGCGAGGCUGCUGGUGGGGGCGGCGGUCGACGCCAGGGACAGCAGGGGGUGUACGCCGCUGCACUGUGCGGCAGCCUAUGGCCGCGCAGAAGUGGCGGCUGCGCUGCUCGAUGCGGGGGCCGACAGGAGAGCCACAACUGGUGAUGGGCGGACAGCGCUGGACAUCGCCAGGCAGUACAACAGGAGGCGGCUGGUGGAGAUGCUGUCAUGA